GAAAAUCUUUGAUUUUUAGUUUACUCCAAUCCGCUAAAGCUCCAAAUUGAGAGCAUAGUCCAUAUGUUUGUACAAUUAUGACAAAUUUCUUCUUUUCAUGUCAGCCAAUUCGCUAAGGACACUACUCAGGAAGCUUGAGCCCCUCUUCACCCUACCAUUUGACUUGCCUACUUCUGCCACUGUCAACCAAUCAUUCCUCCCCUUCAGCUACCUUUUGAAUUCAUGUCAUUCCCUCGCAGCCCUGAAACGGUUACACGUUCUUGCUUUGACAACUGGUUACCUCGCCAACCUCCAAGUAUGUACCAAGUUUGUAUCUUUGGCUUGCUCUUUAUCGUCCACAAUGGACUAUGCUCGGAAGCUGUUCGACGAAAUGCCUCAAAGAGAUGUGUUUGCUUGGAACACCGUAAUUCGGGGAUAUUCCAAUCUGGGUCCUUGUCAAGAAGCUAUAAUCCUUUACAAAGAUAUGCAUUUACAGGGUUUUGUACCUGAUAACUAUACAUUCCCUUUUGUGCUUCGAUCUUGCUCGGUGCAGUCGGCUUUGAGAGAAGGUAGAGAAGUACAUUGUAAUAUUAUUAAACAUGGAUUUGAAUCUGAUGUGUUUGUACAGAGUUGUUUGAUUACUCUGUACGCGCAGAGUGGGGAGACUUUGGAUUCAGAGUUGGUGUUUGAUCAAAUGAGAGUGAGGAAUAUAGUUUCUUGGACUGCUAUGAUUGCAGGGUACGUGCAAAAUGGAAUUCCGGAGAAGGGAUUAGGACAUUUUCUCAAAAUGGUCAAUUCGGGUACUUUGCCUAAUGCUAUUACUUUGGUGAGUGUACUUCCCGCCUGUGCACGGUUGGAGAGUUUGGAUAUGGGAAUGUUGAUUCAUGGCUAUAGUAUUAAGUUAGGAGUGGAAAAAGAUGUUUCACUAGUUAACGCUUUGAUUGCAUUCUAUGGAAAGUGUGGACUUGUUGACGUCGCGAGGUCUUUGUUUGAUCAAAUGAAGGAGCAUAGUCUGGUUUCAUGGAAUACAAUAAUUGCUGCUUAUGAGCAAAAUGAUGCCGGUUCUGCUACAAUUAAUCUAUUUCAGAGAAUGCUAAACGAAGGGGUAGAGUUUGAUUAUAUUACAUUGGUUACUGUUAUUUCGGCUUGUGCCAGGUUGGGGGCACUUGGUACUGGAAAAUGGGUUCAUGAGCUUGUCAAAAGCAAAUGUUUGGAAUGCAAUGUUGCAAUCACAAAUGCACUUAUUGACAUGUAUGCGAAAUGUGGUAGUAUAGAAUUGGCUAGAGAUGUUUUUGACAGGUUGCCUUAUAGAAGCGUGGUUUCCUGGACAUCAAUUAUAGGAGCUUGUGCUUCUCAUGGUCAUGGGAAAGAUGCUCUUGAGUUCUUUUCAAGGAUGAAAGAAGAAGGAAUACAACCUAAUAGCUUCACCUUCACUGCUGUAUUGACAGCUUGUCGACAUUCAGGUCUUGUAGAGGAAGGGAGGAAUCACUUUGAGAGCAUGACAACAGAAUACUCGAUAAUGCCAGGUGUGGAGCAAUGUGCUUGUAUGGUGGAUCUUCUUGGACGAGCAGGUCAACUUCUUGAGGCUUAUGAAUUUGUAGAGAACAUGCCUAUUGAGCCUGAUGCAGAUGUUUGGGGAGCUUUGCUUGGUGCUUGCAAAAUUCAUGGCAAUCUUGAGCUGGCAGAAUCUGUAGCAGAUCGACUACUUGAUUUAAAUCCCCAGACAGUUCCUUUCUACAUACUCAUGAAAAAUAUCUAUGCUGAAGCUGGGAGGUGGGAGGAAGUAGCAAGAUUGAAGUUUUUGUUAGAAGAAGUGGAAGCGGAAAAGAUUCCUGGCAAGAGUUCAGUUGAGAUAAAUCAACGGAUUCACACAUUUUUGUCUGGGUCAAGGAUUUCAAACUUCUCGACAGUUCCACUGCGUGAACAUGGUGUUCAACUGAAGCAUAAGCAAGCAGCAUUUUAAGUUUCUUGUUGUUCUUUAAGCAUAGAGUGGUAUUAUUAUCUGUUACAGUCCAUUGAAGAAUGCUUUUGCGGCUUGGCCAUCCUGGACUUGAACCAGAGACCUCGCUGAUGAAGUAAAUCAUCGCACCUAUGUCCAACCAAUUAUGAGAUAAUAUAUAGAUUCCCUUUCAGGAAAUAGCCAUCCUUCUGAACGCAGCAUAAUUGUACUAUGCGCUCCAACUAUGCUUCUGAAGAUUGGGCAAAUUUGAUGGUUAUCCAUGGAAUAUUAACUCGGGUGGGAAGAAUGGAAAAGAUUGUACUUCUGCUAUUUCCAUUUCUUGUAAACAUGUGUUGGUCCACUAUUCGUUGUAUCAGCACGUAUUUAUCAAUAUUCCAUGUAUAGCCAAGUGUACUAUUUCAUUCUUUAAAAUCAAUUUUUAUACUUAACUGCACGGUAUACAGAAAGUUUCUUUUAUUA